AGAGACACUGUACCGGUACCCGUGCAAUUGUUUUGAUCUCUAGCUAGCUCUUUGUUCAGUUCACGUCCCGCGCGAAAAUUGAGUGCUAAUGACAGAGUUAUUAGGAGUCCCACCCAUUAAGGCCAGGCAUAGAUAGAGUUAUAAUAUUAUAUAAACCUAAACACUCUAUGGUCCCACCCAGCUUGACAGAUUGGAUCAGAUUCAUUCAAAAGACUAAAGAAAAAGUGCCCUAAAUUUAUCACAGAGUCAUAGAUUACCAUGACUUCAUCCAGUGAUGGCUGUGAGAUUUUUGAAAUCAAGAAGGCUCUGAAAGUCUGGGAGAAUGACUUCAAGGAGAGUCACAACCGCAAACCAGGCCGAGAUGACAUGAUGUCAGCUCCACAGAAUAUUCAAGAUCUGUAUAGCAAGUAUAACAAGUUGAAGAAACUUCAAAGGUGUGGCAGCAGUAUCAAUCAGGAUGAUGGGAAAAGAUCCAGCCAUGAUACAAGUCACACUCGCGAUGCCACCAUCAACAACAAAAAGGAAAAGUCUGGAGAGAAUCUGGACAGCAGUGCUGAUUCCACAUGUGAAGAUGUUUGGGGAGCGCACCUGAAUAAAACCAAAAAGAAUCAACCGGAAGAUGAUAAUAAGGGAACUGAUGAGAAGGUGGAACAAUCAGAUGCAGCCCUGAAGAUGUACAGUAAGAAACUCUUCAAUAAUAGCAACUCAUAUGGUCAGAUGUCGUGUGGGCCAAGACAAGGGAAGAGCAAUGCCAAAAAGCAGAGCUUCUGGUCAAGAGAUGAGACAUCUGAUCCAAAAGAAUUUGAUUCUGACAAGCAGGCCUCGUCCAUUCAUAACCAGUCUGGAAACCUUGGAGGACCUGCACCGGUCUUGGAUUUCUUUGGAACCAAACUCAGUUCAAAGUCCAUCAGGCUUGGAUCUUGCAUGGCAGGAAGGACUACGGUAGACACAGCUCGGGCGGUUGGACCAAGACUUCCGAAGACCAGGAACCACUCGUUACAGGAAGACUGGCUCAAGAAAUGUGAGAAGGAGAAUGAGAUUGUGCCAUUGCAAGAUGACAUGGAUAUGAAUGAGAAGUCGAAGCUAAAUGACAGCAUGGAAGUGACGGGGCACCCAGUAUCUAAUGGUAAAAGAAGUUUAAAGAAGACUAGGAGGACUAGUGUAAGGGAACGUGCUGAUGAUCUUGAAGCAGAUAUCAUCAGAUGUAGUCCAGAGAAGCAGAACCUACCUUCACAAAUUAUGCAUCCAGCAUCGGAUAGGACUGAUGGAUUCACAUGUAUUGUAAAGAAGAAGGAUGUUUCCAGCUGUCCAUCUCAAGCUGAUUACAGCUCAUCAAAGGAGGCAUCAGAAACAAUAUCAGAACAAUUCAUGGAAAGUGUGUCAAGGAAAGAAAGAGCUACAGAGGGGUCUGCAAGUAGAAAUGAUGCUUCAGACGUGAAUGAUAGAAUCUCCGAAGAUGAACCAUCCAACCAAGAAUCCCAUUCCAAAUUGCACCAAAAGGAGGAUAGCUUAGAUGAUAUCGGCAAGAGCGAAGGACAUAAAAAGAGAGUCAACGUUUCUCCAUCAGCUCCACCGUCCAAGAGAAGGAAAACUGGUAGGAAGGAGGUGUCGAUUGAUGAUGGAGAAGAGAAAGAAGAACAGAAGAUGGAUGAGGGUGAUGAUGGCGAGGAAGAUUCCCCGGUGAGUGUAAAGAGAGCGAAAGCAUCAGGGGGUGCCGUCUCCUCAUCCAAACGUAACCUGAAUGAGAACUUUGUGCGCCUGAACAUGCUCACCAAGAGCUACCGGAGGAAAGGGAAAGGGAUGCGAGGAGAGGCUUACAAGAGAAAGAUGUGGAAGCAGAAGACUGGUGCUGGUGGUUCAUACAGGGGCGGUGGAGGAGGAGGAAGAGGGAGGAGGGGUUUCCGGCCCAGAGGAAUGAGCGAAGGAACGGAUAAGUGUUUCAAGUGCGGAGGGACUGGUCACUGGGCAAGUAAAUGUACAGGACAAGGCUCUAUGAAGAAGAAGCAAUGUGAGGAUGAACCUGAGGAUCCAGAGUCUGUUAUGGGUCCUCUACCUACCCUUGAGGAAGCUGCUCUUGCUGCAGUUGGUGCCAAGCCUCAACCAGGAAACCUCUCGGAUGAAGGUAGAGGAGAUACGUUUGAACCUCUGAGCAUCGCCACACCUAUCUAUGAGAAUCCUACCGCUUCACGUUCUAUUGAUCCAUUGUUUGAGCCAACAGAAGAAGGCAUUCCAGAUGCAACUCCAAAGGCUGUGUUUACCGCAUUGAAUAAGAUGGGUUAUGAGACAUUUAGACCUGGUCAGGAAGAAGCUGUCAUGAGAAUAUUAUCGGGGCUUUCCACACUGGUAGUACUAUCAACGGGAGCAGGGAAGUCUUUAUGCUACCAGCUACCAGCCUACAUGUACAACCAAUGCAAACCAGCCAUCUGCCUUGUCAUCUCUCCUCUUGUUUCACUUAUGGAAGAUCAAGUACUGGGGCUCCCUCGCUGUCUCAAGGGGGCCAGACUGCAUAGUCACAUGACCAAACCACAGAGAGAGAAGGUCCAUGCUGAGAUUGAGGCAGGGAAGGUGCAGAUCUUACUGGUAUCACCUGAAGCAGUGGUAGGAGGGGGUACAAACUGCCUCCCUCACCCCUCCAAGAUGCCACCUGUUGCCUUUGCAUGUGUAGAUGAAGCCCAUUGCAUCUCAGAAUGGAGUCACAACUUCAGGCCAUCUUAUCUAAUGCUCUGCAAGGUUUUAAAGGACAGACUUGGUGUCCAUUGUAUCUUGGCACUGACUGCUACUGCCACUAAGACUACCUCAGACAGUGUGGCCCACCACCUUGGCAUCGCUGGACAACCCGGAGCAGUCAUCAGGGGAUGUUCAGUGCCUAACAACCUAAAGCUCUCGGCCUCCAAGGAUCUUGACAGAGAAAGGGCUUUGAUCGAGUUGUUGAAAGGUGAGAGAUUCCGCAAACUGAAGUCUAUCAUAGUAUACUGUAUUAGACGAGAAGAGACAGAGAGGAUUGCAUCUCUCAUCAGAACUUGUCUGCAAAGUGAACCCUUCUACUCCGAUGAUGAUGAUGAUGGUGGUGAUGAGGAGAAGAUGGAAAUUGUAGGGGAAGAAGAGGAGAAGAAAGCCGAAAAGAAGGAAUGCAAGAAGAGCAGCUAUCAGAAGAAAAUCAGAAAGUCAAAGAAGAAUAGAAAACCAGCCAAACUUGAAGUGAACAGUUGCGAGGCCUACCAUGCUGGAAAAUCCCCUGCAGAGCGUAGGAGAGUUCAGAACUGUUUCAUGUCCGGCAAUCUUCGCAUAGUGGUUGCUACAGUAGCGUUCGGUAUGGGGCUGGACAAAGCCGAUGUGAGAGCCGUGAUUCAUUUCAAUCUACCAAGGACAUUCGAGAGCUUUGUUCAGGAGAUAGGAAGAGCUGGGAGAGAUGGGCUGCCGGCACAUUGCCAUGUCUUCUUGGAUAAGACUGGGAGUGAUGUAUGGGAGCUGAAGAGACAUACCUUUGGAAAUUCUGUGGAUCGUUUCACUGUCAAGAAAUUAGUCAAGAGGAUCUUCAAACCCUGUAAAUGCAACCAGAUUCACCAGCUAAAACAGGCCAAUGAAGAAAACCCUACAGAUGAGCCACCCCAAAAUAUCUGUCCAGGACAUGCGUCUUCCAUGCCUGUUGAGACGACAGUACAGGAUCUGGAUAUUAAAGAAGAAGGUAUAGCAACCUUGAUGUGUUACCUAGAGCUCCACCCGGACCGCUGGUUAGUGACGCGCCCACACACCUACUCCACCUGCAUGCUCAACUUCUACGGGGGCCCACGAGAGCUGAGGGCGUGCGCCCUCAAGAGUCCAGCCGUAGCCGCGGCUCUCGCGAGGGAGCGGAUCCACGGGAAGAAGAAUUCGAAGGAUACGGGCAGGACCACGCUGGAAUUUGAUGUAGUUGAAUUGGCGAGCUCCAUGGGAUGGGAACUCACACCCGUGAAGAGAGAGCUUAGGCAGUUGCAGUGGAAGCAUGACAAAAUAAAAGGUUGGGUGAGGACUGGUGUGAUGGUGGAGUUCUCAAACCUUGCAAUCUCAUUCCGUUGUCGUGGUAACCUGAGUGAUGAGGAGCUAGACGGUGUGGUAGAUUUCCUUUAUGGGAGAGUAAUGCACCUAGAGAAGAGAGAGUUAGGGCAACUUGAUGCUAUCUACUCAACUCUGGAGAGUAUCUCCAAGAAAUCCUACAUGGAUUGUUGUGAUGAGGUAGAUAUAGAGCGCAGUGAUCACCUCCGAGAAGAGCUGAUCAAAUACUUCACAGAGGAACUUGAUCUAACCAAGAUGCAGCGCAGUCAAAAGGACACAUCUAAGAUGGAAGGUUCUGAGGAGGGGCGCAUCCGUAUGACCGUCCGUCAGUUCAUCAGCGUCAAUCACGAUAGGACGUUCACUGGCCGUGCCAUUGCGCGCAUCCUCCAGGGGAUAGCUAGCCCCUGCUACCCAGCCCAAGUCUGGGGCCGAGAUAGACGAUUCUGGAGGAACCAUGUGGAGGCUGAUUUCAGGGCUGUUAUUAGGAUCGCUAAUGAGGAGGUCAUGAGGAUGAGAUGAUGAACGGCUCGAGGCUUGUCAUCAGACACAUCGGCCCGAAUUCACAAAGAUGGUUUUGAAAACCACCGGUUGAACCCAUGGUUUAUGCAGAUUUCCUGUAUGAAUUACACUUACUUUACCAUGUAUACUCAAACGUAUCCAAUACUGAGUUCAUUAAUGAGUCCACAGCUCAAAACAGUGGACUCCUGAAUAAAACAGCGUUCUCAACCAUGGCAGCAGGCGUCAAUUUGGCGCACUGACAAAAGCGCGCAUCAGUAUUAGACAUUUUUUAAAUAUAUGCAGUAGAUAAGCGUAAUUUAUACAGGAUAUCCACAUAAACCAUGAGUUCAACCGAUGGUUUUCAAAACCACCUUUGUGAUUUUGGACCAUAGCUUUGCAAUUGAUUAUAGAACAAAUUUGCACGAUUGAUUGUAUUGACCACAAUGUACAAUCAUCAGUCAAAAUCAAUUCGGUGGAUUCAAGAUACGGUGCGCCAUCUAUCGGUUUUAGCAGACAGGCCGAAAUUCGCAUUGCCUCAUGGGAAAAGGUCGACAUCUGUUGUGCACGCUAGUACUAAAGUGCAUGCAUGCGAUUAUUCAGCGCUGGGCGACAUGGCUCGACCGGAUAUGCUGUUUACUAGGGUUUUUGGAGGUGGGAGAGAAAUUUGCCUGCAUAUUUCUUUGCAAAAUGAAGACCUUUUUUUGUGAAUUCUUGACAUAUGGUUGUCAUUUUUAAAGCAUCACAGUCACAUUACAGUACACUAGCACUGCGUGCUGCCUGCUCCUGCGCACUAUGUCAACCCCGAAGUUAGAAAUUUGGUCUGUUCGCUGCAGCCGAUAGGUGGCGCACCAUAUUGUGAAUCCACAGAAUUGCACAAUCAGGCACUAUGCUUUGUGUAAUAGGGUCCCGGUGGGUGUUUCAUAAAGCUGUUCGUAAGAUACGAAUGACUACACACGACUGGUAACCAGUGAUAUCCCUAUGUAAUUAAGUUAGGACCUAAGAUUAUGUUCGAGUCAUGCGUAAAGUUGUGCGUAACUUUACGAUCAGCUUUAUGAAACAACCACCAUGUCUUGAAAGUCCAUGAUUAGUUGCAUUAACCACCAUGUACAAUCAUUAAUCGAAAUCAACCUUAUGAUCAAUUUUUUAAGUUUGUGUCACAGGACCCCUGUCUUGAAACCUGUCAAGGAGAGACAUAAUGCCAGUAUUAGUAUAUUGUAUACAGAUUAUAGUGUUUUAUUCAUUUUACUAUAAGAAAAUCCAAGUCUAGUUCAUUUUAUUGUUAGGAAGAGAAAUCAGAAAUAGAAUUCCUCGAAAAUUCAUUUUGCUCAGUUGAUCAUGGACGUGGCAAACACUGAGCAGCGCCAGAUCGACAUAGCUCUAUCCCUUAAAUCAUUGAACGCCAAACAGGGUAGCAGCAGCUCCCAUCUUUAAACAUCUUUUGGUCUGAUACCGCCAGGGUUUGUUAAUGUCAUAGAAUGAGUUAGAUAGUUUGGCAAUUUACUAAUGGUAAUAUUCCUAUCAACCAUAAUAAUGAUAUGAUAUCUUGUUGUCAUGGGCGUAAUGGCAGAGGAUUAUCUUUUGUUUUUGAGGGUGACAUCUAUUGUUGCAUCCUCCAAUAAAACAAAAGGUAAUCCUCUGCGCUGAUGCCCAUACUUGCUAUUGUUUAAUGGUGUAUCUGGAUAUGUCUAAGCACUUUUUAAAAAAAUGUGUCAUUGUUCAAGCCACUAAAUUCUGGCUUGCACAUCAUCCACUCACAUGGGAGUAUUCCAGGAACAUACUAAUAAUAAUAAUAAUAGGCAUUUAUAUAGCGCCAUCUAUCUAGAAAUAUUCUAUUCCGAGGCGCGAUGUUAUCAUUAUUAUUACCCCGGCUUUAGCUCAAGCUGCCUUUCAGCGCUCAUGCAUUCAAGGAAUUAAUCCUGCCGGGUACCCAUUCACCUCACCUGGGUUGAGUGCAGCACAAUGUGAAUAAAUUUCUUGCUGAAGGAAAUUACGCCAUGGCUGGGAUUCGAACCCACGACCCUCUGUUUCAAAGUCUGAAGACUAAUCGACUGGGCCACAACGCUCCACAUCUAGGGACACCCUUCAUUAUCAUUAUUGCUGUUAACCGAUAUACAUGUAUUUUUUUUAUCACAAAGGUAUGAUCCUUAGACCAACAUAAGACCAUGUGCCUUCAGUUAUCUGUAUUUUUUCUCUAUGUAGCUAUUAAACAGUGUUUGACAACACAAGUUUUUUAAAAACAUUUGAUGAAUUAACACAAAGAAUCAUUCGGGUCUCAUUUUUUCUUCUCCCAAAGGGCUCAUUAGAUUAUUAAUAUCAAACAAAAGAGCUCCCUCUUGUGUUUGCCUGCAAUGAUGGCCUUAUAAUUUUCUUGGUAAGCCACUCUGAUAAGAUUCUUACACAGAUUAUGAAAUAGAGUUAUUCAUGAUAGAGUCAAUUUAUUCUUCAGGAAUGCUAUCUUUUAUUUGAAUAUUAGAAUUGAGUUCUUUUAUUUGAAUAUUAGAAUUGAGUUCUGUUUGCUUCCAUCAAUUACAAAUAGCAUUAGGGGAAAAACUCAAAAAAAGUUUGAUUAUUUAAGAAUGUCUUUGUAUUGCAAUUAUAUUUCAUGCAACAAGGCAAAUUGCUGAGAGUGCGAGGUGAACUCUAGCUAUCACCAUUAAAAAAAUAAGGGCACACAGGUGUAGAUAUACUUAAAAUCAAAACAUUUAGUACUAUAUCUCCCUUAAAAAUUCCAAAUUACAUUGAAAUCAUUGCAGAUGAAAAUGUGCUUUAUUUGAAACAUGUGUUCCCAUAAUCAUCAAACAUACCGUAUUCAACAUUUUCUCAUAUAUCAAUGACCAUGUGUAUGUUGCAGUUCUUAUCAGUAGAUAUUUAGUCUAUUAUUCCAAGUGCUUAUCACAUUCAUGUCAUCUUAACAGUGUUUGCAUUGACAAACAGUCUGAAUCAAGCAUUAAAGUGAAAGAAUUAGUCUGAUAUGUGGCAGUGUGAUGUAAUCCUAUUCCUUUGAUUCUUAAAGGGAAAAUCCAGUCCAGGAAGUUUGAUGGUGUAAUGGUUAUGGCCUCAUCAUUUAUUUAAUUAGAAAGUUGUGGGUUCAAAUCUGUCUGUCAAUCUAUCUAUCUCUGUCUGUCUAAUAUGCACCUAAAUCCACCAAAAAUGUUCCUGAUGUUAUGUUUUUACUGUCAAAUCGAUCAAGUAUUCAAUAACACAGUUUCUGUAGUAAAGUCCAAAGAAGUUGUUUUUUAUUACCAAAAAAUAUGUAUCACGUAUUGUGUUAUAUGUUACAACAUUCAUGUGGAUCUAAAGAGUGCAUACUUGCAUAAUCUGACUAAAUUUCUCUUAAUAAACCACCUCAGUAAUAAUUUCAGGUGCAACGAGUUCCAGCAUAAAAUAUCUAAAUUCCAUGAAUCGAAACUUAACGCCCAUCAUCUAGUUUAUUCAAAUACACAUGGACUAUUAAAGACAGAGAAGUAUGAUUGCGUGCAGUAUGUAUUUGCACAGAACCGAUUUUUAAUCUCGUUGUGUGAUAAAAAGAUGUGCUAAUGCUUCUAAAAAGGGUAAUAAAACAUUUUAAUUCUUGCAUAUCAGCGUUUCAAUGUCAAAGUAAGGCCUCGUUCACACUUAGCCUAACAUAGUUCAGCAGUAAAACGUUAUAACGUUUUGUGUGUAAGUUCAAAUGGGAUAUGAGACAUCAAACAAAAUUUGGAAGAGGGAGAAGACAGAUAUUUGUCAUUGUGCUGCAAGGAGACUAUUAAUGAUCAAAUUCUUGAAAUGUUAGCACUAAAUGUGGUGUCUUGAUAUUGUCCAUGUUCUGUGGAUAAACACUCUUGUGAUUAAAUCUUGAUGUGUACAAUUCAGGUUUAUAAACGCAAAGUGUAUUUCCCUUGGCAUAUAUACGGCCCCUCAUCUGUCUACCAUCUACUGUGAACUAUACAUAUAUUUCUAAAUUUUUGGCUGAAAUUGCUUUUCUCUUUGUAUUUUCUUAAGCACUUAAAUAGAGACAUGAUUUGUGAUAUGUGCUAUACAAAUACUGUUUAUUAUGAUUAUUUUAAGUGGACUAAUUUGUCUAAAGGUCCCACUGGCUAACGGACACACUCAUAACGGAUACAGCUGACAAGCAAAAUUUUUGGGUGGCUCUAUCCGUUUUCAUCCACUCCAGACAAUGGACGAAAUGGGCAAACAAUGAAAUCACAGUGGACGGAUGCUCGAUGGAUAUAGAGCGUAUGAAACACGGAUGCAAAGAGUACACAACCGAUACUCAACGUUUUCCAACGUAUGGCAAGAUUCCUUUCUGUUUUACAUCCUCUCUGCAUCCAUAAGUGUAGUGGGACCAAGCCAUAAAUUUGUGUGAAUACCAAAAUAUUGUUUUGAGUUUUACUGCUGAGCUCUUUUGUAUCACGUCUGAACAAGGUGUAAUUUAACAUUUCUUAUCACGUCGCCCGAUAAUGUCCCAUCAUGACCCAGUACAAUCCCAUAAAGAUGCUUUUGUCUUUUAUUUGCAUGUCAUUAUAUAUUUUUUCUCUUUUAUUACUCCUUUAGUUUUAUUUGUACUAAAUAUGAAAAUACAUAAAGUUUAUGAAAUGGUUUCAUCAAUUUAUAAUAGCAAAGGGGAUCACUUAAGAGUUUUCGAAUAAUGCUUUCAAAGGUUUGUAUUCCUGAGGACAUUCUAUUUAUUUGUAAUGAUUUCACAUAUUUAUAUAUUUACCACGCUGCAUUGAUAGAUUUCAGUAGCUUUAAACUAUUAUUGCAAAUAAGUUAUUAUAACAAGUUUUAUGAAAUGGACCCCUUGAGUAUGGAUGAUAUCUUCAAGUCCUUCAAUUACAUUCCAGUCCUUGGAAUACUCACCCGAUAUCUAGAUGGGUUAUUUGAUAGAUCAUACAACCAAAGGUGCUCUUCUGACACCCACAACCCCUCAGUGUCUCAGCCGUCAACAUGCGUGUCGGCUAUGGCAUAAUCUAAGAAAUUACAUACUUGUUUAUAGUUAAAUUUUUUUUGGGAAGUUGUGUGAUUUCAUUGAUUAUGCUCAUUUAUACAGAAUUUAGGCAGGAAAUCAUAAUUCUGCUCUAAAUCAAGAAAUAAUUAUCCAAACACUCUUCAUUGCCACCUUAGCAAUCUACUACUGUGUAUGAAAGAAAUGUGUCCUAAGAAUUAACUACCUAUGUAUUUUUUUUUUCUAUUUUUUUGUUCUACUUUUUAUUUUUUGUUUUGUUUUCUUUUAUUCUAAUGGAAAUUGUCAUUGAUACUACUCUGAUCUGAAAAAAAAAACCAAAACAUGAAGUUAAUUGAUUUUAAUCAGUAAAAAUAUGUAAAAUAAUAAAUGAAUAAAUGCCCAUGAAUAGAAUUUGCUUUGGAUUUGUACAUGAAAUCUAAUUUUGAGCAAUUUUGGUUCUAACAUGCACCAAAAAAAACUGUUGCGAAAUUUCAGAACCUGUGGACAUGGGUAUUGCAAGUAUGGUCUCAAAAGUUCCAUGAAAAUUGUGGUGAAAUCUUUUUUGCAUUUUGACUUAAUGCGUAGAGAGUUGAGGGGUGGGGGGUCUAGUAGGUGCCCCCACCCUAGUUAGGGUCAAUCUAAAUUGCCUACAUUCCAUCAAAUGUACUAAAUGUACUGAAGAUUGAUUUAAUACACUUGUUGGAAUGAUGAAGAUGGUAAACAAAUUUAAAGAUACCCUUUCUGUUCCAUUUCAGACUGCAUUACAUAAUAUGGACUGCAGAUAGUGUCAUGCAGUUCAGAUUUUUGAAAGAUCUUUCCAUAUGGCUUUUUUAAGGCCACCAUACUGAACUGCUUCAUGAGAAAAACAUGCUAAGCUCCUGUAAGCAAUAAAUCAACAUCCCUAUCAUAACACUGUUUACUUAGUAAGAGGCUGGAUACCUAAAUGAAAACCUUGUGUUUACUUUCUAGAUAUUAUUACGUUAAUCAUUGAUUAUUUCCAUAGAGAGAGCGGGCUUCCCCAUCUUUUCCCUCUACAUGAUGGUUAAUAUUCAAGAAAUGAAGAUUUUUCUGCCUAGUAAUUGAAGAAUUUUUGCCCGAAAGCCUCCAUUGAGAAUAUGUUAUUGAAGUAUUCUUGCUGGACACAUCGACAAGCAGGCUUAUAAAUGUCUGUGAAUCUAUGAAAAUUAUUGAAAAGCUCAGGCCAUAGUCAUGCUGUACAAAUCUGAAAUUAGAUUUUAUGAAGAAAAAAAUAAAAUGGCAAGUUUAUGACAAUAAAAUCACAUUAUGUUGCUAAUUGCUUCAUUUAAUGAUCAUUUUUUUUUUGGAAAUGUACAAUGAUUUUGUUAUAUUUGGUUUUUGCUUCACAGAUGUGCACUGGUCACCUGACAAAAUUAUGCACUAUUUACUCAUUUGGUAUGAUUAACACUUUGAUGUGAUUUAGAAUUCGGCUGUUGUGUUUCAGAUCUGCAAGUCUGUAUCAUUUUAUCAUAUUGUUGAUAGUUAAUUAAUACCCUGUAAUUGUACAUAUGCUAAUUAUUUGUAAAUUUCAUAAAUUAUUUAUAUUUUGUAUAUAAUGAAAUUUGUAUAUUUUGAAUAAAUGCCUCUUCAUUGUUUUUAAUCAUA